CCAAUGUGUGAUGCGUGUUUGAUAUUGAAUUUUUUGAUUUUUCGAUUUUUGAUUUGGAAAUACAUUGAUUUCACAUGUGAUAAAUCUACAUUGAACAUCGAACAUACACCCACUAACCAAAAAUGUCUUUGUUGAUUGUGUUUGUGUGUGUGUUUUGGUAGCUGUGAAAAGAAAUCAUCCAUCCACAGAUUGAACUACUGAAUUUUCAUAAUUUCUUUUUGUUUUUGUUGCGACUUGAUAAACUUUUUUCCUCUCCAUUUCGUUCAUUGAUCAUAUCUAUCGUGUGUUUUUGUUUGUUUGUUGAUAAAAUGCCACAACCAACCACUGGAAACAAUGUAUCAUCUGCAAAUAAUGCAUCCGAUCUAAAUCAAUCAACAACGACAACGACGACUACGAAUAAUAGAAUGAUGAUCGGAAAACACAAUAAUAAUCAGAAUAAACACAGUAAUAAUAAUAAUAAUAAUAAUAAUCUCCGGUCGAAUAAUCAAUCAGCAAAUCGAUUGCAGCAACAACAACAACAACAACGUAAAGAUGUUCAACGUAAUAAUAAUAAUAAUAAUGAAACAAAUUCAUCAGCAACAAUAACAACAUUUAUACCUGAAAUACGUGAAUAUUUAUUUAAAAUAUUAGUUAUUGGUGAACUUGGUACAGGUAAAACAAGUUUUAUAAAACGUUAUGUACAUCAAUAUUUUUCACAAUAUUAUCGUGCUACUAUUGGUGUUGAUUUUGCAUUAAAAGUUUUAAAUUGGGAUGAUAAUAUAUUAAUACGUUUACAAUUAUGGGAUAUUGCCGGACAAGAACGUUUUGGUAAUAUGACAAGAAUCUAUUAUAAAGAAGCUGUUGGUGCAUUUCUUGUGUUCGAUGUUUCUGCACCAUCAAGUUUUAAUGCUGUAUUAAAAUGGAAACAUGAUUUGGAUACAAAAGUUUGUAUGGCUGAUGGUCAACCAAUACCAUGUUUAUUGUUGGCAAAUAAAUGUGAUGCUAAUAAAGAAGGUAUUGCAGCCGAUCCAGAAAUGUUGGAAAAAUUUUGUAAAGAAAAUAAUUUCUGUGGUUGGUUUUAUACAUCGGCUAAAGAGAAUACAAAUAUUGAAGAAUCGGCUAAAUUUCUUGUCGGUAAAAUUCUACAAAGACAAAAACAUUUUGCAUUGGAAGAUGUUGCCGAUAAUGAUGAUGUUAUUAAUCUAGCCUAUCAUAAUCAUCGUGUAAGUAAAUCGGAAAAAUGUAGCUGUUAGGCUUUCAUCAAGAA